CCGCUCUGGUUUCACCUCCUCUCAUCGCUUGUUCUCUGUAUCCCACAAUGCAUUGUGUUCACUCGUUGGAUCAUGGACCAAAGCGACAAUGAUCUUCAAGGAAGUGAUGGCUCCGGGAGUUUGGGUGGCCUUGAUGUUCGUAGAAGGAUCCCCAUCAAACUCAUAUCUAAGCAGCCCUUAAGAAAUAAACCUCAGCCACGCAUUCAGAGACCCACUGGCAGACCUUGUAAAAAUGAACCUGGAGAAGAUGAUAAGUUUAGCUUCAAGCAAGAGGACCGGUUUGAUUGUGGCACCAAAGCUGGUGAUGUAUUUGCAAGUCAGAGAAGAUUUCCCCAGCCACUGUUUUGGGACUAUAAGUUAAACUUGAUUGGCGAAAGGGAUGAAGUUCCAAUUCAUUUCUGUGACAAAUGUGGUCUGCCUAUUCAACUGUAUGGACGGAUGAUUCCCUGCAAACAUGUUUUCUGCUAUGACUGUGCUUUGCUUCAUGAGAAGAAAGGGGAGAAGAUGUGCCCAGGGCUUACUCUCUAUAACUGCACGGAUCCAGUUCAGCGCAUCGAGCAGUGCCAGCGAGGUUCUCUCUACAUGUGCAGUAUCGUGCCGGGGUGUAAGCGCACCUACCUGUCCCAACGUGACCUCCAGGCCCACGUGAACCAUCGCCACAUGAGGGCAGCCAAGUCCUCUGCCGGCCGUCAGGAUCCUGUGCACCUUCCCCCUGCGCCUGAGGUCUCGGACCGCUUCCGCGUGCCUCCGCCUCUCUUAGCAAAGAAUCACGUUCAUCUCCCCAACCCGCUCCAGCACAGCAGUCAUGACCCCUACAGUCAGCCGCCACCACCGACUCCACACGAAGGGCCACCACCCACUUCUGCUCUGGGUCCUGAGACAUUUCGCAUCGCCACGGUAACAACUCGUAAACACAGUAAUCUCAUCACCGUGCCAAUCCAAGAUGACUCCUCCUCAAGGGAGCCUCACUCCGGUGGACCGGGCCCUGUUCAGCCCCCUCACCACCACCCGGGGGACUAUCCUGGCCAGCCACCUGUAGUGGCACACACUCACCACAUGAUGCCCCCACAACAGCACUUUGGCCCUCCUCCUCCCCCACCUCCUCCCAUCAGUCACCCAAUGCAGCAUCCUUCCCAGGCCGCCGGAGCACCACACAUGGUGUACAACCAGGCCCCUCCUCCCCCAAUGUCUACAGCUCCCCCACCUAUCACUCCUCCACCAGCGCAUAUCAUGGGCCAGUUGCCACCUUAUAUUGGCCACCCACCCCCAGGACCUCCACCACAGCACAGCGGGCCCCCUGUUAAUGCCCCUCCACCUCAUCACUAUAACCCUAACUCCAUGCAACAGUUCCCUGAAGACCAGGGAACCCUUAGUCCACCUUUUAACCAGCCAGGAGGGCUCAGUCCUGGGAUGUGGCCUGCUCCAAGAGGUCCACCACCUCCACGAAUGCAAGGUCCACCCCCCCAGGGCCAGAUGCCUGGGCCGCACCACCCAGAUCAGGGCCGCUAUCGGCCUUAUUAUCAGUAAACUGCCAACUGGGUGAAUGGGAAAAAGUCAGUGUCAUUCUGUUCCAUACUACUUGUCUGGCUAAUGUGAUAGUAAACCUCAGGGUUACAGGAUGUAGGACUUUGAUUUUGAUAAAACUGUCCCGAGUCAAAUAUGUAUGUGGUGCACAUUUUAGUUAACUGUGCUCAAGUUCCCAUUCAACAUGAUGACUUGGAGAAGAGCAGGAAUGUCCCCUUUUGUUUUUUUUUUAAUAGUUUAUGGUAAAUAUUGGUGUAUAUAUGUCAGCUGAUGUCACAUGUACACUGAAAGACAUUAACAAUUCUCAAUAAAUUUUUAAUGGCA